CCAACCGUUUCCCGGUGCUCAGAGAAGAAAACAUUUGGUUUUCCACACAUCAGCACCACCUUUAUAAGGGCGUUUAUAAUAAGGGCGUCAGAGGUCGAUGUGCAACUCUAAAAAUUGAGUGCGGGGGUUAGAGUGCAUCUCAGGCCAGACCACAUGUCGAUGGUUCAGUGAGGAUAAGGGCAAAUGAUUUUGUUCUUGUUACCACAGCAAAGGGGUUUGUUGCAAGAGAAGAAGGAUGGAACAAGCGGAAAGACAGUACAGAAAAUGCUUGCCAGUUCCUAUGUACCGCAAUGAAUUCACCAGCUGGCAGGUUUUAAAAAAUUGCAUCGGAAAAGAAUUAACCACAAUCGCCAUGCCAGUCGUUUAUAAUGAGCCGCUGAGUUUUCUUCAACGUUUGGCAGAGUAUAUGGAGUAUGCAUAUCUGCUAAGGAAGGCAGCAGAACAGGAAGAUCCUAUUGAGAGAAUCCAAUUAGUAAUAGGAUUUGCCGUAAGUGCUCUGGCCUCGAAUUGGGACAGACUGGGGAAGCCGUUUAAUCCACUUUUAGGUGAGACCUUCGAAUUAAAGCGGGCCGAGUUCAAAAUGGUUUGCGAACAAGUCAGUCACCAUCCUCCGGUGUCGGCGUUCCAUGCUGAAGGUGAGGGUUGGAUCUUCCACGGAUCUAUUCAUCCGAAAUUAAGUUUCUGGGGAAAGAACGUCGAGAUCCAGCCGCAAGGAGUUAUUACAGUGGAAUUUCCAAAGUUAAAAGAAGCCUAUUGGUGGUCGAAUGUUAAGUGUAUUGUCCAUAAUAUUAUAGUUGGAAAACUCUGGAUGGAACAAAUCGGCAAAAUGGAGAUAAAUAGCUACGCUUCAGAUAUUAAAGCCUAUUUACAUUUUAAAGCAGCUACAGGUAAUAAUAAAGAGCUGCAUAAAGUUGAAGGGUUUAUUACAAAUAAAGCCAAUGAAAAGCUUUUAUUCGUCUAUGGAAAAUGGUCGGACUAUGUUAAGGUUACAGACUUAGAUUCUUUUGACGAGUAUGUUCGAGCACAUCCCCUGCAGUUUGCGGGGCUUUCCGAAAACAAAAGUCCCGGUGCAUCCCCGUCACGUUCUUCCAAAAAGGUGCUUCAAAAAUUGAAUAGCCUGAAAGUUAGUUCAUUGAACAAAUCGCAAUCCACUUCAGAGGAUGUUAGUCUACAAGAAAUGCGUGAUAAUGCAAUAUGCCAAAAUCAUCACACGUAUUUCAUAGAAAUUCCUAAUUCAACACUUAUCUGGGAAUCUGAUCGAAGGCCAGAUCAUACUUCAGAUUACUACAAUUUUACCAAUUUUGCGAUGUCUUUAAAUGAAAUAGAGAAUAGUGAUCCCUUAUGUCCCACUGAUUCGAGACUUAGACCCGAUAUAAGGAAACUUGAACAAGGAGAUAUUGAGGGCGCAGCUACUGAAAAAACCAGAUUGGAGGAGAAACAACGAGAUGCGAAUAAGAGCCGGAAGAGUAAGAAAUCACCGGAGUGGAAUCCUAGGUGGUUCAGCCUGGGAAUAAAUCCAUACACGAAGCAAGAAGAUUGGAUGUAUAACGGAAAUUAUUGGAACAGACAGUAUACUGACCCUGAUAUAUUCUAAGUAGAUUGUACGACGAAUUUAGAGAUUGUAGUAACCAAAUAAUAAGUGUUAGAAAUGUCCCCCCAUAGAAGUAGAUGUCGAUGUGUGCCAAAUGUGCACAAAUUGUUACCAUAAAGAAAAAAGCGCUUCCGGGGAUAUUGUGAUUCAUGUCAAUUUUAUUCAUUUAAAAUUGGAAGUAUAAAGUAGGUUUGACUUAAGUGUCGACAAAAAACAGAAGAAACCUUCUAGGAUAUGCACUAUAAAUAAAAAAGUAUAAAUACAUAUAAAGCAAUCAAUUGAAAUUUUAAAAAACGAAAUAAUAGUGAUUGUUAGUAUUAAAUUUAGGAUCUAUUUUUCUGGAAAUCUACUUGUUUAAUCACUCAACUAAGAGCUGUAAAAAGUAGUAUUCUUAAAAGCAAUGUAUACUGUAAGUAUUUAAUGUACUUUAAUAUAGUGCGUACCAAAUAUAACGCAACUUACUAAUUUUUCGAUUUCUGAUGCGGUAUUGUUCAAUUUUUCACAUGUAAAAAAUAAUAUUAUAUUUCUUACUGUAUCAAAUCUAUAAUAAUUACAAUAAUAACAAAGCCAACCCUGUCCUGUCCAGUAGUACCUAAUACAUCCCUACUUAAUUUCAUCCCUUCCAAUACAGACAAUUAUUGUACUUGCGGACAUUUGCGAGGGAGAAAAACUCUCUCUUCUACUACUGCCCAUUGAAGAGUAACAUUGUAUAUCGAGUGCCACUCACCUCGCGUUAAGGGUACAUUCUCUCUCUUCCAGUACUGCCCAUUGAAGCGUGAAGUUGUAUAUCGAGUGCCACUCACCUCGCGUUGAGGGUACAUUUGCUUUCUUCGGUGACAUUACCCAUAGCAUACAAACCGGUUGUGCUACCCCGUACGUCACACCAAUAUUAUUCUUUUGGACAUUUCUAUCUGGGUUCCAGUGACGUGAAACAAACACUGUUUACUUUAAAAGUACUAGUGAAUCCGCGAAUAAGGGUUAAUCGUGCACGAAUCCCUGAUUAGUCAAAACGUGAGUGAACUCAUACACCUGUUUAACCAAAAUGCGAGCGAACUGCCGAACUGGUCCACGUGUGUAAAAAGGCCGCAUAUGAAAUGCCUCCCGAAAAAGGGUUUCUUACCUGUCGCUAAAAAGGUCACAUACGAAUUGCCUCCCAAGCUUUAAAUAAAUUACAUGCUUCUAAUCUUUAUGUGAAGGUGAGACGUUGCCACAUCUUCGUCCCUUUGUGAAUUUUUGGCAAAAUUUGUAUUUUGUUAUUUAAUUUAUUUUAUUUUCAACCUUUAUUGUAUGUAUUAAACAUUAUUGACACUAGGCGGUAUUUAUAAAUUUCAACUAACUUCAUAUGUAGGUAAUUAGUUUU